UGUGUGAAGAGAAUUUUUCCAUCAAACACAACAGAGGAAUAGUGUGAUGAUGAUGGAUUUGACGCAGACGUUACAAGGACAGCAUGAUGCUGUCACCUGGUUCGCAAAGUACCAGCUCCAGUCCGUGAUCAACAACGGUGUUGUCCCAGAAUGGUUUCAUGGCAUUAUUUCCAGGAAAACAGCAGAAGACCUGCUCAUGCCCAAACCUCCUGGAUACUUCCUCAUCAGAGUCAGUGAGAGCAGGAUCGGCUACACUCUCUCAUAUCGCGCCGAGGAUCGCUGCAGACAUUUCAUGAUUGAUGCUCGGCAGGAUGGCCAAUAUGAAAUUGUAGGAGAGAACAGGUGUCAUCAGUCAUUGCAAGACCUGGUGGACUAUCAUCGCAGGACUCCCAUCAUGCCGUUCUCUCAGGUGCUGACUGUUGCCUGUGGUCAGCCCUCAAAUGAUAUGACCAACUAUGCAGAACUGCUGUUUCCACAAAAGCAUCCAAAACCAAAUAGCAGUUUGCCUCCAAACAACCUGCUGUUCCCUCACACAAGUCACCAAGCAGCUGCAGAAGAAGAAGAAGAAGAAAUCCCACCAGCUCUUCCUUAUCGACCCACCAACCUGAUCAGCUCUGAAGUCCUUUCUCCAAAUAGGCUUUACCCUUGUUUGGAUGUUGAGUUUACACAACCUGCCAUACCACUUCCUGUUAAGCCUGUGCCAAUACCCAGGAAGAGAUACGCAGCUGAAAACCCUUCAGCCAGCCAGCCUCCUGAGGUCCCUUCUCGGAGCAGCGUGCCUCUGAGGCUCAAUCAGGUUUGUACAAGAACUGUGUCUGCGCCGGAGAACACGUCCACCAGCGGUGAGCAAGCAGCAGCGAUUACCAACACUCAGCCAGGAAAACAACUGGAGGCAAAGGUGUCAGUCGUCACCAACUUUAGGAACCUCAAAAAGAAAUUCCAAAAGAAGCGAAGCAAUUCACAAGAUACUACAUACGCAGAAAUUCCCAAGGCAGAAACUGACCAUGCGGAGAAUGAGUACCAGGCGAUUGACAGGGAGCGGACCUUUAGUGGGACAGCGCUGUCUUACCCCUGCACUGAUGUUAGACAGACUGGCCAAGGUUUACCCCAAGAAUACUUCACACCUCCACCUUUUGCACCAGGCCACUGAUACACAGCAUGUAUCCUAGUGAGAUGAUCUAAUGCUGGUAUGCACUGCCUUUAUAAAACAGAAGCAAAAAAGGUAAUAAAAACUCACUUCAUGACCAAUACGUGUUAUAGUUUAGUAAAUCCAAAGGUUAGUAGGUUACAAGGUUGAUUUCUUCUCCACAUUGUACAAGACAACAGUUUGACAGACGAAUCCAGACUAGCUGUUUUAUUGGGAGUAAAGAUUUUGUUUUGUACCUGGCAUUAGAUUUACAAUUUAUGGAACUAAUAUUAAUUCGGAUGAAGUAACAUGUUUUACUUAUUGUUUUAGUAAAGCACAAUGUAACAAAAUGCAAUAACGUACAGAAAAUAUAAAAUGCAAAACAAUAAUGCUCGUAUGUUUGAGUUGCAUGGGCUGCAUGGAUACACUAUGGGCUUACUUACUUGUUUUUAGUGUGAGUUAUGAAUUAAUCAAGCAAAUUUUACUCUUGAUGGGUGAGAAUAAACAGCACUGCUUUACUUAGGAAAUACAUAUAUUUAUUCAGUUUUGUCUGGUCUGUGAACUAGCUCUAAUCAUUAUAUGUGAUACAUUUCAUCCCACCCAUGAAGAGGGGUAAAGCCAGAGGAGGGGUCAUUCCCUCAAUCACAACUAGCAGAUCUCACUUUUACUUAAAGGUGUAACGGACGAUUUUCUCAAAAAAGUCGAAGCCAAACGUCUGUUACUCGCUUUUUGAAAAACGUGCGUGCGCCAGACCAUCCUACCUGCUCUGCUGCUCCUAUGAGUGCGCUUGACGGCGUUACGCAAGCGUUUCUCCAGCGUGAUUGACAUGUUAGAGAACCAAUAGUUGACACUCGCAUCACGCCAUUCAUUGGCUAAAACAUCGUCCAUUGCACCUUUAAGUAACAACAUUAACAUCAUAUUUUACUUUGCCUGAAUGCUAAACUGUGCCUUUUGACUUUUGUAACUAUUUUAUAAUCUGUGUCCACAUUGUCAAGUUUGUAAUGUUUUCUUUUGUCUUCAAGGAGUGCAACAAAUAUAAUCCAAUGUAAUUUCAAGAUGAAACCACCUCGGUCAUUCUAUCUUUUUUUCAGCUUAACUUGACAGGCUUCCAAUGAAAUAGCCAUGUUUCUGUAUGUACUUCUUUGUUAAUGGCAUGAAGACAGCUAGAGGAAGUUUCAAUCAUCAUAUGUAAAUCGGGACCAACAGUCACCCUUUAUGCAGGAGUGGUGGUGUGACCUGGUAUCACGAUCAGAUCUGUUAUCAGAUGUAUCACAGAAAAGCUGGACAACAGAGGAACAAUGUCUGGUCAUGGUGAAGCUCUUUUCAUAUGUAGAAACCUUCAGGCAAAUGUGCUUUUAAAAUGUUUUACCAACAAAGACGCAAUUCUCACAGCAAAUAAUUGUGUCCUACAUUUGAAUCGCAACUUUCAUGAGAAAUGUAAAUUCUGCAGAGGAUGUUAUGUCUGUGUCUGUUUAUCAAAUGAAUGA